AUGACUUCGGCCUCUACCAAGGUGGUAGGGCGGAGGGAGCCUCCUGGCAGCAUCCUGACGCCCCCCCCUUCGCCGUCCCUCCCCAGGGCUAAAUGGACAGAUGCAGAGAUCUCCCUGUUACGGGCGUCCGUCCAGCGUUUUGGAGAUGAUCUAAACCGCAUCAGCGCGCUCAUCAAAGACCGCACGGUGGCCCAGCUGAAAGGGGCAGCGAAGCGCAAGGCCUACGAGGAUAGUGGGCUGCCCCUUCCCACGGAGUCUCCAAAGAAGGGGGCCCGCAAGGGGCAGCUGCCGCAGCCUCCACAGCAGCAGCAGCAGCAACAACAACAACAACAACAAGCCCCCCCCUCUGUACCAGGGGCAGGGGGGCUUCCCGACCCUUCGGCUCCACUCCCUGUGAAGAAGCAGAAGGCUUCAGAUGUGACUCUCAGUGCCCUGAAUGACUCUGACGCUCACAGCGACUUGGUGGACAUUGAGGGCUUGGGUGACGCUCCUCCUGCCAAGAAGCUCAAUUUCGACCAGGACAGCCUGAAUCUGGACUCUGGAUUCCUCAUGGCCCCUGGCGCAGAGCUGCCCCUCCUGCCCCGCUGAAGAGGGGCUGGGCCCCUGGGCCCUCCUUCCAGCCGCUGAGUGGGGGCAACCAUCUCGGGGCUCUUCUCUCCCUGUUGGCGAGGCAGACACUCUCCCCCCCCCUCACCCCGCAUCCCUGUGGCACUCGCUGUGGUCGCUGCAGCCCACUGUAGAGCGGGUUGAGUUCCUCCUUUCCCGCAGGGCCUUUUCGUCGUAUUCAUUGGGGGGUGGGUGGGGGGGCGGUAGUCUGGAAGCUCUGCUGUAUCCCCAGACCACGGCUAAUUUCAUCCUGCUCCCUCCCAGAUACUGACUUUGUCUGUGGGGAGGGUGCCUCCUCGUCUCCAGCAUCAUCCUGAUGUCCUUCCGGCGGUCCCUGCUGCCUCCCAGUUGGGCUCCUUUGGGAAGUGGGGAGGGGUGUGUGACCCAUUCCAGCCCUCGCCCAGGCCCCAUCCUGGACCCGGAUUUGUAUUGUUGUUGUUUCUUUUUUUUCAUGUGGUUGCAAUAAACGGUCUCCAUCCCGCUCU